CAAGGACACAAAUGUGACAACUUAUUGCAGUCUGACUGAAAACAAUGUGGAAAAAUAUAUGGAAUAAGGUGUUCAUGGUCCUGAUAGUGGGGAACCUGUUUAUGCCCACUGACACAAAGUACAACAGUAGAGAAGGAAAGUCUCGGAGACGGAAACUGGAGUCUCAUCCUCGCCGGAAUGCCUCGUCUAUCAGAAUAUCCCCAGAUCCAAUGAUGACAGGUCCAGAAUCAGGAGUGAUGCCUGGUGCUGUUGAAAUUGACUUUGACAAGAGUAUCGAGGACAUGGUGUCUCAGGUCCGAAACAAUCCCAACUUAUCCAUAAACAAAUGUGUGGUGGAUCGCAAACUUUGGAUGUCAAACAGUCGCAGCCUUUCUCCCUGGUCCUACAGAAUCAACCACGAUGAGACCCGCAAACCCGUGGACAUCCCGGAGGCCGUGUGUUCGUGUGUGGGCUGCAUCAAUCCUUUCACCAUGCAGGAGGAUCGCACCAUGACCAGCGCCCUCAUCUACGCCAAGAUCCCCGUGCGCAGACUGUUGUGCCAUCGGCCAACCAGGAAACCGACGAAGCAGAAGAAAUGCGUUCCCCGUUACAGAUCGGUGGUGGAGGGCAUUGCCGUGGGGUGCACGUGCAUCGUGGGAUAG